AUGGACGUCACCGACGCCCCGUCGGUGGCCGAGGCCGCGAGGGUGGCGGCGGUCGCCACGCCGCAGCUGGAGCUGCUGGUGCACAGCGCGGCGAUCAUGCACCCCAGCGGCCGCGGGGAGAACACGGUCGCCAGGCUGGAGCAGGCGGCAAUGGUAGAAGUUCUCUCCACCAACGUUGUGGGGCCCGCCAUUCUGACGAAGUCCUUGUGGCAGCUGUUGAGAUCUGGAAAGACGGCGGACGCCCCGGCCAAGGUCGUGGCCGUGGGCGCCGGCGUGGGCUCCGUCGGGACGAACCAGGCGGGAGGUUGGUAUUCGUACAGAUUGUCCAAGACGGCGCUGAAUGCCUUGAUGAAGAAUUUGGCCAUAGAGGGCAAGCGGGCCAACGUCGCGGCCCUCACGCUCUACCCGCAGAUGGUGGACACGGCGUUCGCGAAGCCCUACCUGAAGGGCAACCCCUAUCCGCAGGCUCCGCACGCCGGAGGAGGUGGCGGCCAGGAUGAUGGAGAUCAUCGCGGACUCUUCGAUCAAAGACUCGGGCCGGUUCAUCAACAUCUGGUCGCGGGAGGACAUCCCGUGGUGAGGCGGGUGGCGCCCCUCCUCUGCCGCAUAGGCCCUCUCUCUUUUUUGUCUCCUUGGGGGGCGGCGGUGCUGCCACCUCGCGCACAGAGACAUACUACGGGGGGACUUUGCCACAGUGCGGCGGUGGAUCACGCUCUCUCGAAUCUCAGCUUUCUCACCGGUCUUGGCUGCCUGGGCCCCUGGUGUACAGAUCCCUUCCCAGCGCGCGGUGUUGGCGAGAUCGCCGUGGUGCAGCGAGCGUGGCCGUAG